AUGUUUGUUGGAGAACAACUUCUGGAUUGGGCAGUGAAAACCAAAAAUUUUGAUGACCAACCUAUUUCGUUCAAAACUGUCCAAUGUUCUGAAAAGGUAGAAGCCUUUGCUCUCACAGUUGAUGACUUGAAAACUUUAGUGCAUUCCAGAGACAUCUUCCCAUUGAAGUCAAAAGUUGGAAUUCUCAAAAUUGUUGGAGACCCGAAGAUAGAUGACAAAUUAGAGGUGAUAUUUUUCUGGAUGGCAAUACAUGGCAUUUCUGAUGAUCUGGCUCUCGAUAUUAUGCGUGGUAUUAGUGAAUACAAAUUGGAAGGAAGCAAAGAUGCUGAAGCGGAUGUGAAUUAUAUCUUCUCUGUUCUUGAUGAAUAUGGGAGAAGCAUGAUACGACGUUAUUUUUGCAUGGAGACUCUAAAAAAAGUAAAGGAGCUUCAAAAUAUGAACGAUCAAGCAUUGGGAACGAUCUGCGACUAUCUCAAGCCAAAGAUGUUCGAGGAGAAUACCCAGGUUGUUGAAGCGGGACAGCCACUUAACACGAUGCUCAUUAUUAUAUCAGGCUCUAUGCAAGCAUACCAGCCAAUAAGGGAUGCUGGAGACGCACGUCCCUCAACCUCAUUCAAAACUCUUGAGAAAGGUAUGUUUUUUGGAGAACAACUUCUGGAUUGGGCAGCGAAAACCAAAACGUUGGAUGACCAACCUGUCUCGUACAAAACUGUCCGAUGUUACAAAAAAGUAGAAGCCUUUGCUCUCACAGUUGAUGACUUAAAAACUUUAGUGCUCUCCGGAGACAUCUUCCAGAGGAGCCGUUGAAACUUCAUACAGUUGGCACCUUCUUCUGUUGUUUUUUUUUUUCGGUCAAUUGUAGUUGGCACUUCCUUGCAACAAGAUUGAUAUGAGAUACUAAACAAUGUUUAAGAUGAAAUUACGACAUGAAGAUCGGGAGGAGGUUCGUUUG